CUAAUUCGUCAAAUAAUCGUCAGUCUUAGUGAGCAUGGCGGGAUCGGAUCUCGGGCCGUAUCCGAAUCAGCUACCAUCAUGUCGACGUUCUCCCUGGACGAGGAGGUCCGUCUGUAUACGAACAAUGCAGACCGCGAGAGAUAUAACCUGCUUGCGACGCUUUUUGGUAUAAUCGUGGCUUUGGACUAUCUCGAGAGAGCCUAUGUGAGAGACUCGAUAACGGCGGCAGAAUACUCGCCUGCAUGCACCCGGCUGCUGUCACAGUACAAGACUAUGUUGAAGCUCGUUGGCGAUGAUGUGUUGUCUAUUGAACAAUUCAUGCAGAGGUACCGAAUGGACAAUCCAGCAGCUCUUCAUCGGAUCCAAGUGGGAGUUCCAGCGACAGUCGAGCAUUCAAGCGAAGCUGGCCCGGAGACAGGCAAGUGGGUUGCUGAAACGACACAGGGAUUUAUUACUCUCAUGGAUGCUCUGAAACUACGCCUGCGAGCCAAAGAUCAGCUAUAUCCAUACCUGCAGGAGCUGGUCACCGGUUAUGCUCGGUUUAAAGGCAAAGACUCUUGGGAAGGUCACAGUAAGAUGGUUGGAUGGCUGAUUACACUGAAUGCCAUGAAAGCGUCCGAGGAAAUCACCGAGGAGCAGUCGCGGCAGCUACUAUUUGAUGUCGAAAAUGCAUAUGCAGAAUUCUUCAGAAGUUUGAGUGGAGGAAAGGAUAGUUCUCACUAAACACAGACGAUAAUAUUACUUCAAGGUACAUACAUAACGUACUGUAACCUAUUUGCAUGAGCGCGCAUGUGCGCCAUCACGAGCCCAACGAAUGCAGAUACGAGUUGAAUACACUGAUCCUUGGAAGCGAG